UCACAACAUCUUUGUCUCCAGUCGCAUCACCAGACAGAGACUUGGAGAAGAGGUGCCAUACUUGCUCGCUGCUGUGGUCUAUCACCCUGCCGUUCGUUCCUUUCCCCCCCACUACCUGUUACUUAGGGAAACUUUCUCCCCCCGUCUCUUGUGAAUACCAGGCAGGAGAACCAUCAUCUCGCAAGCGCUCUUUGCUCUUAUCGCCGCCGCCGCCGUCGCCGCCCUGCAGUACCCGAAGGUUCCACACCGCACACCACACACCACCGAGGAUGAAAGUCUAAGGGAGUGGCGCAUUAGCUGGCGAGAUUUUCACACAAGCUCCCUUCCACCCGUAUAUUUAUUAUAUACUACUUGUUCGAUUUCACACAAAUCCCCCCUCUCUUCAUCGUCCUGCACCCAGCCGUCAUGCCUGAUCACGCUGGCACGGCGGCCGCCGCGCCGCCGCAGAGCGAGUCCAAUCCCACCCCUCCCAAGGAGCUCUACCCCAUGGUCAAUUGGAAGUACGACCUUUUCCUCUGGGUCUUGGGCGUGCUGGUCGAUCUCUUCUUCCGCGAGGUCCAUCCUCGAGGCUCCUGGAAAGUCCCAAAGUCGGGGCCUGUUCUCUUCGUCGCCGCUCCUCACGCGAACCAGUUCGUCGAUGCUCUGAUCCUGCAACGCACCCUCCGCCACGAGGCUGGCCGACGAGUCUCCCUCCUCAUUGCGCAAAAGUCUGUACACGGUUUUAUCGGCUGGGGUUCGCGCCAGGUCGGCUCCGUCCCCGUCGGACGUGCCCAAGAUGCUGCCAAGCCUGGCACUGGCCUCAUCUAUCUGCCUGACCCCAUCAACGACCCUACACUGAUCCGCGGCGUCGGCACCAAGUUCGGUCAGGGAGAGGGCGAGGUCCACGGUAUGCUGUUCUUGCCCUCUGCCAAAAAGCAGACUGGCGCCAGCGUCGACAUCGCACAGAUCCUCGGCCCCGAGGAAAUCCGCAUCAAGCGCCCGUUCAAGGGCAAGCUUCCGUUGGAGCAGCUCACUGGACGCGACGACAUUGACGACAACGGCAACUUCAUCAACAAGGAAAUCAAGGGAUGCAAGCCUGGCUUUCAGGGAACCAAGUACAAACUCGCGCCCCACAUCGACCAGACCAAAGUGUACGAGGCCGUCUUUGACCGUCUGAGAUCCGGUGGCUGCGUCGGCAUCUUCCCUGAGGGCGGCAGCCAUGACCGCACCGAACUGCUGCCCCUGAAGGCCGGCGUUGCCAUCAUGGCUCUCGGCGCCCUCGCCGAAUCUCCAGACUGCGGUCUUAAGAUCGUGCCCGUUGGCAUGAACUACUUCCACGCCCACAAGUUCCGUAGCCGCGCCGUUGUCGAGUUCGGACCCCCCUUCGAUGUCCCCCCGCACUUGGUCGAAAUGUACAAGAAUAACCAGAGACGCGAGGCCAUUGGGCAGCUUCUCGACAGCGUCUACCAGGCACUGAGCGCCGUCACCGUUUCCACACCCGACUACGAUACCUUGAUGAUGCUCCAGGCUGCUCGCCGCCUCUACAAUCCUACCGGGAAGAAGCUGCCUCUCCCUGUCGUCAUCGAGCUGAAUCGCAGGCUGGCCAUGGGCUACGAGAAGUACAAGGAUGAUGCGCGCGUAGUCGGCGUCAUCAAGUCGGUCAAGCAGUACAACAAAGAGCUUCGCUACGUCAGCCUUCGCGACCAUCAGGUCCAGUACGCCAAGAUGUCAAUCCCCAAGGUCGUCUUCCUGCUGCUUUACCGAGUCACGAAGCUACUCGUCCUUUUGAUUGGCGUCCUGCCUGGCCUCAUCUUGUUUGCCCCCGUCUUUGCCGCAUCCAAGGCCAUCAGCGUUCGUAAGGCGAAGCAGGCAUUGGCCGGCUCGACGGUCAAGAUCCAGGGACGCGACGUCAUGGCAACCUGGAAGCUCUUGGUAGCCAUCUUCCUGGCGCCAACGCUGUACCACUUCUACUCGGCCAUUGUUACGUACAAGGUCUGGCAAGACCAUCUCUGGGGCCACAUCCCUGAAUGGGUGCCUUGGUGGUCGACGUAUCUGGUCAUGUGGCCGCUGAUGGUGGGCAUCACGUUCGCUGCUCUUCGCUUCGGCGAGGUUGGCAUGGACAUUUUCAAGUCCCUAAGGCCGCUGGUGCUCUGCCUGAACCCCGCCUCGAGCUACAACAUCCAGCAACUGCGAGCGAAACGGGCCGAUCUCAGCGCCCAGGUCACUGAUCUCAUCAACACCCUCGGUCCCGAGAUGUUCCCCGACUUUGAGAAGACUCGUCUGGUCGCAGACCCGUACAAGGCCGACGGCUACUCCCGACCCCGCACUCCGCCAACACGCAGGGACAGCGACGCAUCGAGCGCCUACGAGGCGGCGACGCCGCCGUCCAUCUCUCGGAGAACAACACACCAGUCGAGCCGCGGCCUGCCUCGCAACGAGUCGUACAGCAACAUUGGCGGUGUUGGCAUCUUCUCCACCCGGCCUCCUUCGCGCUCGAGGAGUAGGAGCAGCAGCAGCGGAGGCGGCCUGGGGUCUGGUGGGUUCCCCAUCAGCGGUUUCACGACGCUGGACUCUGCCGGAGGGUUUGACGAGGCAAGCAAGAAGAUCCGCGAGGCUAUGAAGCUGCGCCGGAGAAAGAGCGGCGACCACCGGAUGGAAUUGGGCGCCGACGACAGCGAGGACGAGGAGUACAACGAGGCGCGCAAGAAGAACACAUAAGGUAGCGUAACUAUCCAUCUCAGCCAGCUAUGAUGUGACAAGCUUGUGGCAAGCUUGGAGGAAAAGAGAGAAAGUGGCAGUCUUCCUGCAUGGGGAUGACGAGUGGCGCAUUGGUGAUUCCGAGUAGUACGAGUACGUAUAGACAGCGAUUAAUACACUCAACGUGGAUUCCUUUUCUG